UUUUCCCUCUCAUCAUAGUAAGCACUCCAUCAAAAACAUCCCCCAAUUCAAGCCUCUCAACAUGGCUUCCAUCACAGCAGGAUUUCGUGCGCUCGCGCUGGUUCUCUUCGUCUCGGUUUUUGCAACAGCAGCUCGAAGUCCGAACUCGUCCCUAAAGGUGGGAUACUACCGACGUACUUGCCCGUCGACAGAAGCUAUUGUCAGGAAAACCGUGUUUGAGGCCGUCUCUAGGAACCCCGGGAUGGCAGCUGGUCUCAUUCGCAUGCAUUUUCAUGAUUGCUUCGUUAGGGGCUGUGAUGCUUCAGUGCUCUUGAAAUCAACCGCAGGAAACCCGGCGGAAAGAGAUCACCCCGCGAACAACCCGAGCCUACGAGGGUUUGAAAUCAUCGAUCAGGCCAAGGCCCAGCUCGAAGCCUUGUGCCCCAGGACCGUCUCAUGUGCCGAUAUAGUUGCUUUUGCCGCCCGUGACAGUGCCUACAAGGCUAGGGGCAUAUACUACGAUGUUGCUGCUGGCCGCCGCGACGGCCGCAUCUCUCGCCUCCCGGAAGUUACACAGAACCUCCCGCCACCAAGCUUCAACGCCCAACAGCUCAUUGCCAACUUCGCUAGGAAAGGGCUCUCGGCGGAUGAGAUGGUGACUCUCUCAGGAGCACACUCGAUUGGAAUCUCCCACUGCUCUUCCUUCUCAAGCCGCCUCUACACGUUCAACGCCACACUCGCCCAAGAUCCUUCCUUGGACCCUGCGUACGCUUUAUUCUUGAAGACCAAGUGCCCACCACCGAGCAAUGUGACGCAAGCAGACCCGACCGUGCCACUUGAUAGCAUCACAGCCAACACUUUGGACAACAAGUACUACCUCCAGUUGCUGAAGCUCCGUGGCUUGUUGACUUCUGACGAGACGCUGUACACGAGUCCCUCGACUUCAAGGAUGGUCGUGAACAAUGCGAAGAACAACUUCGCUUGGAGCGUGAAGUUCGCCAAGGCAAUGGUGAAGAUGGGCUCGAUCGACGUACUCACUGGUAAACAAGGAGAGAUCAGGAAGCUGUGCAGUAUUGUAAAUUGAGGACGUGCCGGAGAGUUACAACUUUUGCAGGACGGAGAUUGGAAACAUGAUCUAUAUCGUCCUUUAUAUUUAUUCUUUGCUUGACUUUAUUUGUUUCGACGUGUCCGGUUCGAUUAUUGCGUCAUCUUUCAGAUGUAAGACUUUCCUAUUCGGCAAAAAGCUGAUUGAAAUGUUAUUUAUUUUGUUGUGAUCCCACAUUUU